UUCCGAUUGUUCCAGCACAUUCCCUUCGCCCCCGAAAAAUAAUCGAGAGAAGAGAGCGCCGAAAAACAGAGUUUUAACCUUCAACCUUUGCUUUUGGUUGCCCGGUAACCCACACUCAUACAUGUACACGUACACAGACACCAACACCCGCACAUUGUAACUGCUUUAUCGAUAUCGUUUGUUUUGUUGUUGGACGGCAGGACAUCGGCGGUUCAGUUGGCAGGAGAAAUCCGGAGUGUAAAGGUCCUUUUUAGAGCAGAAGAAUCGUAAGGAAGAACCGGCAGCAGCAUGCCGCCGAAGGGGAAAAAGGGCAAGAAGGGCAAAAAAUUGCCAGUGCUCAUCGAUGGCGUGGACACCUCGGCGAUGACCCGCGACCAGCUGGAGGCCUUUGCCCUCCGGCUGAAGGCGGAAAUGGAUCGGGAGCGGGAGGAGCGGAACUAUUUCCAGUUGGAGCGGGACAAGAUCCGCACUUUUUGGGAGAUAACGCGCCAGCAGUUGGAUGAGACGCGCUAUGAGUUGCAGCAGAAGGACAAGGAGAUUGAGGCCACGCAGGACCUCGCGGACAUCGACACGAAGCACGUGAUGCAGCAGAUGAAGCACCUGCAGUUCGAGAACCACAAUAAACUGGGCGAGGUCCGGGCUGAGGCGAUGACCCAGCUGAAGCUGGCCCAGGAGCACCAUGUCCUGCAGGAGAACGAACUGCAGAGGGACAAGCGUCAGCUGCGCAGGAUGCUCCGCGAAAGGAUGGAGAUGAGCGAGAUGCAGCUGCGCCAAAUGGAGGCCCACUUCAACGAGAAGCUGCUGGAGCAACGCAUCACGUUCGAGCGCGAGCGCAAGGACAACGAGAUGCUGCACGAGGAGAAGAUGAUCGAGCAGAAGGCCAAGCUGGACCUGUUCUACGGCACCCAGAUGUUCGAGGUGGAGGAGCGCAAGAACCAGCAGAUCAAGGACCUGCAGGACCACCACGACCUGGCCUUCAACGACAUGAAGAACUACUACAACGACAUUACGCUGAACAAUCUGGCCCUAAUUGGCAGCAUGAAGGAACAGCUGGAGCACCUGCGCAAACAGGCGGAGAGAUCGGACAGGAUCGCUGCGGACACGGCGGCGGAGAAUCGCCGACUGAAGGAGCCCCUAGAGCAUGCCAACAUCCAGUUGAACGAGUACCGCCGCAAGCUGGAGUUCUACGAGCGGGACAAGCAGCAGCUAAGUCGCCUCAAGGUGCGCAACACUCGGCUGGAGAAGAAGGUCAAAGGACUCACCUGGGAAGCGGAGACGCUCAUCCUGCGCAACGACUCCUUGGUGGCGGAGCGGGAGGGACUCAAGGAGCGGUUCAACGACGUCAUCGUGGAGCUCCAGCAGAAGACCGGCCUGAAGAACGUCCUUCUGGAGCGCAAGAUCGCCGCCCUGAUGCGCGAGGACGAAAAGCGCAGCAUUGUCCUGCACGAGACCAUCGCCACCUGUGCCCCCAAUUUCGCCGAAAAGCUAACCAGCCUGGACGAGCGGGUGGGCAACAUCGUCGACGAGAAGAACAAGAUCAUCCUGGACCUGCGCUACGAGGUGGCCAAGGCCAGGAAGGCCCACGACGACCUCCUGGAGACCUACGAGUGCAAGCUGAAGCAGUACGGCGUGCCCACCGACGAGCUGGGCUUCAAGCCGCUCAGGGAUCGGGACCAACAGCAGCUAUACGUCUGCGGUCCUGCGGGAAUAAUCACCGAGAACAAAUAGGGAAUAGAAAAGGAUCAAAAAUCAAAAGCGUAGGAAAGAAGGCGAAACACAUUCCAAUACUCAGGCCCAAAAAAUAUUUUGGAAUAAAAGAGAAAACAAGACCAUUAAUUAGAAGCAAAAUAAUAUUAUGUCCCAAUAAGAUUCAAUAUACAAAAUUAGCAGCAUCAAACCAAAUGUUCCAGAGACUUUAUUAAACAAAAUUUCAAAAAGAAAACAGAGGAUCAAAGAUACAAGCAGAUAUUCUGAAGAUGGAAAUAGCAGACUGCAGAUAGCUUAAAUUCAACAAAUUAGAAGAAUGAACAUUUAAAUUGUUAGUACUGCUCGGAUCAUUAAGAAUUAAUUCAUUCUUUGUCUUGAUUUGUGGGCAAUCAUAUGUAUUAUUUAAAAUCUUCUGGGACAUAUUUUUGGAAAAAAAUUAAAUUAAA